CCCGCGCCCCCGCCCCUCGCUCCCUCCCUUCCCACGCCCCCUCGCGCCUCUCCCUGGCCGCGCAGCCCGGGCUCCGGAGUUGGGGGAGAGCCCGGGCUCCAGGCGCGCGGGAGGAGGCGUGCGUCGCGCAGGAAUUGACUGAUUUGGGCUGGGGGUGCGGUGGGUGAUGGAGCAGCCCGAGGACAUGGCGUCGCUGAGCGAGUUCGACUCCUUGGCGGGCAGCAUCCCGGCCACCAAGGUGGAGAUCACCGUGUCCUGCAGGAACCUCUUGGACAAAGACAUGUUUUCCAAGUCUGACCCACUGUGCGUCAUGUAUACUCAAGGGAUGGAGAACAAGCAGUGGCGGGAGUUUGGGCGCACCGAGGUCAUCGACAACACGCUGAACCCAGAUUUCGUGCGCAAGUUCAUCGUGGAUUACUUCUUCGAGGAGAAGCAGAACCUCCGCUUCGACCUGUACGACGUUGACUCCAAGAGCCCUGAUUUAUCCAAACACGAUUUCCUGGGCCAGGCCUUCUGCACCCUUGGAGAGAUUGUAGGGUCCUCUGGGAGCCGCCUGGAGAAGCCCCUCACCAUAGGCGCGUUCAGCCUGAACUCCAGGACGGGCAAACCCAUGCCGGCCGUGUCCAACGGAAGUGGUGUGUGGAUGGAAAGUUUGAGAACCCCUGGUCUGGAAGCUUCCGGUGGCGUCCCAGGGAAGAAAUGCGGCACCAUCAUCCUGUCCGCCGAGGAGCUCAGCAACUGUCGGGACGUGGCCACCAUGCAGUUCUGUGCCAACAAGCUGGACAAGAAGGAUUUUUUCGGGAAGUCCGACCCCUUCUUGGUGUUCUACCGGAGCAACGAGGACGGAACGUUCACCAUCUGCCACAAGACCGAGGUCAUGAAGAACACCCUGAACCCCGUGUGGCAGACCUUCUCCAUCCCCGUGAGAGCGCUCUGCAACGGGGACUACGACCGGACCAUCAAGGUGGAGGUGUAUGACUGGGAUCGGGAUGGCAGCCACGACUUCAUCGGGGAGUUCACCACCAGCUACCGCGAGCUGGCACGCGGGCAGAGCCAGUUCAACAUCUACGAGGUCAUCAACCCAAAAAAGAAAAUGAAGAAAAAGAAAUACGUGAAUUCUGGCACGGUCACCCUGCUGUCCUUCGCCGUGGAGUCUGAGUGCACCUUCCUUGACUACAUCAAAGGAGGGACCCAGAUCAACUUCACGGUGGCCAUUGACUUCACCGCCUCCAAUGGGAACCCCUCGCAGUCCACCUCGCUGCACUACAUGAGCCCCUACCAGCUGAACGCCUACGCGCUGGCGCUGACCGCCGUCGGGGAGAUCAUCCAGCACUACGACAGCGACAAGAUGUUCCCCGCCCUGGGCUUCGGCGCCAAGCUGCCCCCCGACGGCAGGGUGUCCCACGAGUUCCCGCUGAACGGCAACCAGGAGAACCCCUCGUGCUGCGGCAUCGACGGCAUCCUGGAGGCCUAUCACCGCAGCCUGCGCACCGUGCAGCUCUACGGCCCCACCAACUUCGCGCCCGUCGUCACCCACGUGGCCAGGAACGCAGCGGCCGUGCAGGACGGCUCCCAGUACUCCGUGCUGCUCAUCAUCACAGACGGCGUCAUCUCCGACAUGGCGCAGACCAAGGAGGCCAUCGUCAACGCUGCCAAGCUCCCCAUGUCCAUCAUCAUCGUCGGCGUAGGCCAGGCGGAGUUUGACGCCAUGGUGGAGCUGGACGGCGACGACGUGCGGAUCUCUUCCCGCGGGAAGCUGGCUGAACGCGACAUCGUCCAGUUCGUGCCCUUCCGGGAUUAUGUGGACCGCACAGGCAACCACGUGCUGAGCAUGGCCCGCCUGGCCCGCGAUGUCCUGGCCGAGAUCCCCGACCAGCUUGUGUCCUACAUGAAGGCGCAGGGCAUCCGCCCACGCCCCUCCCCCGCCGCGCCUGCGCACUCGCCGCCGCAGUCCCCGGCCCACACGCCCCCCGCGUCGCCCCUGCACGGCUGACCUCGGCAGCCUUCUGGACGUCCGGGUGCCAGGGGCAGAGCCCUUGGAGGUUCCUCCCCAAUUCCCCCACCUCAUUGGCUGCCCAAACCCAGGGAGUUGGGGUGCAUGGGUGACAGAGGGGUGGGCGGCUCGCCCGCUGGGCCUGGGGUUUAGGGCUCAGGGUCUUUUCUUCCCGACACCUGGCCCCAGCCCAGCCCAGCCGUGGUGUUCAUGGGGCUUGCGGGGAUCCCCGUCUGCUCAACUGGGCCCUGACGCCUGGGCUGGGCCUCCUGCCCCCACCCCGACAGCUGUCCUGUGUGCCUCAUUUCCCGUGAAUCCCGAUACCACUGGGGCUGCAGGGAGGCGGAGCGCAGGACCCCCAGGGACAGUGUGCGCUGAAGGGGCUGCGACAUGCAUCCGGUCACGUGGGGGCCCAGGGCCCUGCGGGAGCCCCGGCCGCAUCGAGGUUCUGGACGUGUAGACACGCAGGCCUCUCCGAGCUGGGGUUCACACCGCCAGGGUGUCCGCUGCCCACCAGGGGCUGCCAGGCCCUGCGUCCUGCCCUCCGUGCCCCUGCAGCUCCUGUGCUGCGGCUGCCCUUUGCCCUUCCGUCGUUUGGGGGCGGGACGGGAAACCCGACUACAGCCCUGUCCCCCAGGGGAAGCCGGGCCAGGCCCAUCUGCCUUCUGCGCCUCAGUUUCCACACCCUUAGGACGAGCAGCUCAGCCAGGCAGUGCGGUUCUCCUGCUCACGUCCUGACGGUCCGUUUGUCCCGUGCCGGGCUCCAGCGUCCCAGCCCUUGCCCCUCAGCCCAGCUGUCGCCCCGUCCAUCCUGUCACCCAGCACCCUGUCCUCAGGCGGGGCUCCAGCGUCUGCGCUGCGGGAGGGGGAGGGCGUCACCCGGGCCCUGGCCGCCAGCCUCGCCCGCCCCAGCCGGUCCUGCAUGCCGUUGUCCUCUGCCACAUGGGCACCUCGCCCGCCACCUCCCUCUCAGCCCUGCAUGGUGGUGGUGGUGUUUCUGCUGUCUGGUCCUUGUGCCCAUCUCUGAGACAGUCUGUGUGGAAUUUGCCUUAAACUGAAGUAAAUUUGGUUCUUUUCCUAGAG